GCUGAGCAUCCGUUGCGUCGCUUGAAUGACCAUGAUGAAGACCGAAUCCACAUCCAAGAGCACCGGCUCUGGCUCCACGCUCAGGAGCCCAUCCCCGCACAGAAACGCGUACGAGGCGGGGAUGCAGGCCCUGAAGCCCGUCAAAGACAAUGCGGCGAACGGGGACCUGCAGGACGGCCCCCGAGGGCGCAGGUACGGCUCCAACGUGCACCGUAUCAAAAACAUGUUCCAGCAGAUGACGACCACAUCCCCGGCCGACGCGGAGGGGGAGGACGUCGCCAAGAUCGCGGAAAAAUCCGUGCGCCUCACCCUCCCCAGGGCAGGGAGCCUGAACGAAAACGUGGACCACAGUGCGCUCCUGAAGCUGGGCUCCACCGUCUCCGAGCGAGUGAACAAGUUCGACAUCAAACCCGAGAACGGGCACCAGCGGGCCUCCUCGCCCAGCUACUCGAAGCUGCAGGAGACACGCCGCAUCUUCGAGCAGCAGCAGCAGCAGGAGAGGCAGAUGCAGGAGAGGCAGCAGCAGGAAAAGCUGGCCACCACCAGGGUCCUCCUCAAGACAGACAAGGCCUCGGGCUUCCAGGACGGCAGGCUGGACGUGGUGGCUCGUUUCAACGGUAGCACAGAGUCUCUGGACAGCCUGGACACCAGUGACGCCGUGUCCCCUACUGUCAGCCAGCUCAGUGCGGUGUUUGAACGAGCAGCCGAGCUCCGAAACAACCUCCACCGCCUCUCCUCCACCCCACCUCUGCCCUCCAGGGGGGUCAGCGCCAAGGUGGGUGUGUUGAACUCAAAAAUAAUCACCAAAAGGGCUUGCACCUUUGCGGCAAGCAACAGGGAGGAUGAGGUUAGCAAUCAGAAUGGGCAAGAGGGGCCUCAAAGAGGGAGAACGACAUCCCCGUCUGGAGGCGUCAACGGGGGUCAGAGCGCCCAAACCGCUGGACAUUUAGGUUCUCUGGGAGAGCAGAGAGAAAAGACGGUGGCAGAUGCAGGUGUGGAGGCAAAAGCUGAGAAUUCUCAUGAAUACUCUGAGCCAAAGAGCACAUCGCUGCAAGGCGACGUCUCGGUGGAGAACGGGGAAACCGCAGGUGAGAAGCAGACCUCUCCCAAGGGGGGCGAGAUGCUCAAGCAGCAGGGGGCAACGGGUAAGGAAGCAGAGGAGGAGGAGGAGGGAGGCCGGACAGUCAGGGAGGACCAGUCGGGACGGGACUCUGUGGAUAUCAGUACCUACAGCGCGGUCGGCGAGGACUUUGGGGGAAGCCAGGUGGAUGAGGAGGAGGAGGAGGAGGAGGAGGAGGAGGAGGAGGAGGAAGACGACAGCUAUGAGGCUGAGUCCAGCUGUGUGGAGAUCGUUGGGCUGCCUGCUGAGGAGGAGCCGCCCCCUUCCAGGAAGAUCCGAUUCAGCAUAGAGCCCAUCAAGGUGUUUGCCACCUACCCCAACGAGGACUACGACAGGCGUAAUGAAGACGUGGAUCCCAUGGCAGCGUCCGCGGAGUACGAGCUGGAGAAGAGGGUGGAGAGGCUGGACCUGUUCCCCGUGGAGCUGGAGAAAGAUGGCGAGGGCCUGGGCAUCAGCAUCAUCGGGAUGGGCGCGGGGGCCGACAUGGGUCUGGAGAAGCUGGGCAUCUUUGUGAAGACGGUCACAGACGGAGGAGCAGCACACAGGGACGGCAGGAUCCUGGUGAACGAUCUGAUCGUGGAGGUGGACGGGACCAGUUUGGUGGGAGUCACCCAGAGCUUCGCCGCCUCCGUACUCAGGAACACGGCGGGAACCGUCAAGUUCGUGAUUGGCCGAGAGAAGCCGGGGGAGCAGAGCGAGGUGGCCCAGCUCAUCCAGCAGACCCUGGAGCAGGAGCGCUGGCAGAGGGAGAUGAUGGAGCAGCGCUACAACCAGUACAUGGACGAACAAGAGGGCGGCGAGUAUGGCACAGACGAGGAGGAGGACGACGACGAGGAGGUCAGCCCGCCGUAUCCCAGCGCCAUCGAGGUGUUCGACUUGGCGGAGAACGAGGACAUGUCGCCCCUGGAGACGGACCCUGAGAAACUGGCUCAUAAAUACAAAGAGCUCCAAAUAAAGCACGCUGUGACGCAGGCCGAGAUCCAGCAGCUGAAACGGAAGCUUCACCACGCGGAGCAGGACAAGCAGCGCUGGAGGAUGGACAAAGCCCAGCUGGAGACGACCCUGCAGGAGAACAAGGAGCGGAUGGAGAAGCUGGAGGGAUACUGGAUGGAGGCUCAGAGUCUGUGCCAGGCGGUGGACGAGCACCUGAAGGAGACCCAGUCCCAGUAUCAGGCCCUGGAGCGCAAGUACAGCAAAGCCAAGCGCCUGAUCAAGGAGUACCAGCAGAAGGAGAUCGAGUACCUGAAGAAGGAGACCCAGCGUUGUGCACAAGUUGGAGAGGAGGCGACUCUGCUGAAAGAAGAGUCGGGACAACUUCAAGAGCAGGUGGCUGAUCUGGAGUGCCGGGUGGAGGAGCUCAAAUCUGAACCUUUAUAAGAAUAAAAAAAUAAAAAAGCCUUCCUCCGUGACCUAUCUCUGCGAGCAGAACAUUACGAGAAGAAGCGAAGACAGUGUUACUAUUCUUGCAAUGAGCUGCAGGGUAUUCCUGGUCCCAACACUCUGGAUGUGCCCUCAGGCUUCCUAUUUCCGCCUCAUUUCCCCUUUUAACAAAGUUUUUCAGUUAACGUCGAAGAGGAACGUGAAGAGCGCUUCAUCACAAAUACAGACUCUGUGGAGCUCUAGAUGUGUACUAUUCCCUUUUUUUAUUUUCCAAACUUUAGUAUUAAACCCAAUAAUUUGUCGUUUAGUGACGGACCAGGCUUUUGCUUUUUCUUUGCCAAAAAAAACCCAACAAAUUUCCUUUUUUUUUUCUUUCGCCUAGUUUUGUGACAUUUUUCUUUCCCUGAGUUUGUACAGAUGUGAUACUGUGUGGUUUAACAAUCAGUUUGGUUUGUACAAAAUUUUAAUAUGUGUAUAACAUUUAACAUAAUAUAAACUAAAAUGAGAUUGAGGGAUUGUUGUAUAUUUUACGUGAUGACGGUGUGUAAAUUGGGAACGGGAGAUUGCACUGAAGAAGAAGACGUCGACAAGACGCUUCACCGGAAUGAAGGGAAGAGAAAACGGGGGGAAAAAACGUGUGUGACAUGUCUUCAGAAGAAAAAAAAAACAUUUCUACAAACAGUAACCCAACCUCCGUAGGGGUCGUGUCCCUUAACCUUGAGAACCACCUGCUGCCUACCUUUCAGAAGUGUUUGUGUGUUUUUUACACAUUGAGACUCGUUAACGAGCGUCCAAUCCUCUCAACCCCCUCGCUCCUUUUCAGUAAAAAAGGACCAUACAGAAACGAGCCUCCACAACUGCUGUGCCACAGAUGAAAACGGAUCUUAUUCCCCCCCGCCUCAAAUGGAUGUUGUUAAGGAUUUGUGUAACUGAUAUUAGUUAGGACUACUGAUACUGGGACUGGGACGUUGAUGAAAAUCGUAACCAGCAGUAAAACUCAUCGAUUUAGUUGUGUCUUGAACCAGCAGCUGCACUUGACACCGCUGUGUGUAGCACAUGGAAAACACUGCCAGGUUCACACCUGUUUCAAUUUCCGCACAGUUUGAAAUGAAAUUGAGUCUACUUGUGUCAACUGUCAUACCAGUAUGUUUGUAUAGUUCAGGUUAAGACUGAAGUAUUUUAAUUUUACCUAAUAUUUAUAAUAUAGUCCGGCUGGAAAUAUGAGCGAAGGACAAAAACUGACAAAAGCAAUGCAAAACGGUCAUGUGUUAUAGACAGUUAUACUGUGUCAUGUAAAAAAAAAAAAAAAGUAGAUCUGGAUGACUACGUAAACUAAAUUAAGAUUAAUGAAUUAAAAAAAAAAAAACGACAGGCAUGGUUAUGAGUAUUUUCAUAAUAUUAAGGCUUGUACAGUGCACAUGCUUUGCAUUGUAUGUUUUGUGGAAUAAAUGGUCAACAGUG